CAGAGGAAUGACUGAUCUAUCCUAGCAAGAGCCCCCGGAAAGUCUGGAGUCAAAAACAAUUGUUCUUUGACCUUUGAUUUCUCUUUCAAAUGUGACAAGCCUCCUACUGGACUUUUGCAUCAGCAGUAUGCUGUGAUCAAACUUGUAGCAAGGCUACUAAAUUUUGCCUUGGAAAACUGGGAUGGCAGUUGUUUCAGUGGUCCAUUGGGUUGUGGCAGUACUGCAAUAUCACCUCGAAACCUUCUAUCAUCUUAGCAAACAUGGUACGUUUCAGAUUUCCAAUCAUAAAACACGUGGAGGGAAUGGAAAUACGUGGCUUUCGAAGUUUUUUACCCUUCCUGAGAAUUGCCCUUUUAAAUACCUCAUUCGUAUCGAAAACCUAGACGAGAAUUCAUCGAGGCCAAUUCCUGAUCGCUGGAUGUUGGUUGUUAAAGAGCGGAAGAAUGGAUCUAGGCGCUCGUACUACUCAUGUCCAGAGACUGGCCAAAAGUUCUACACCUAUGAAGAUCUCAUGCGAUAUGUGAACUAUGCAAAGGCUGCUAAGCUUUCCAUCUACUCACCUAAUUUUCGUCCCAUUAAUCCUCGCAAACCAAAGAAAAAAGCUAGCGUGCCUGAUGUAGAUCAGAGUGCAGUUGAGAAAAGCUCGGAUUCAGAAGAUUCUACAUUCAAAUUGCCUAGCAUUGCUUCGCUAGAGCUGAUGGAGGUGGUGAGUCCAUCACAUUCCGACAAACAGUCUGCAUCAGGGAAAAUGAAGCCAGAGAACCGGUCUUCGAAUGAGGCAUGCAGUUCUGAGAGGGGAAAGGGCAAGAAACAGAAGAAGUGAAAGCUGCGGAAAAGAAGUAUUAGCCUCCUGCUAUAUUAUUAGUAACAAUAAAAUGGUAUACAAGUUUUGUAUUGCCAUAGACUUUGUUUCCUGAACUCAGGACUUGUUGGUUUACUUUGUGUGUUUGGAUCCAUCACAGACUUGGCUUGUGAUACUGCUUUUAACUGUUAAAUUUACCUUUCCUGUUGGAGGCUUUCUGAUUCCUAGGCUCAGUUGCUCUAUAUAUUGUCUUCCUCCCCUUCUUCCCCCUUCUUUGUGCUUAACUACUGUCUGUUGGGCCUUUUUGGAUGGGCUGCCAGCCUGUGACAUUAUUGUUUGGAGCCCAUCAUAGCCAAAGCUGGGCCAUAAUAGUUGAACUAGUCUCCUAAACAGGAG